CGACGACGAAGAGUAGCAGCAGCAGCAGUAGACGACAAUGCCGAGCGACAGGGACGGGGGCCGGGACAGGGCGCGGGAAAGCGACCGGGAGAGUGAAUACCGAAGACGAGGGGGCAGUUCCAGCCGGCAUGACGAAGACGAAGGGCGGCGUAAACGGUAUGAGCCAGGGUCGCGCAACUAUGACGCUCCUCGUCGCCGCUCGCGCUCGCCACGCAACUUCGAAGCAGACCGCGCGCGCGAGCGCGAAGCCUACUACGCGCGACAUAACAGCUCCUCGCCACCGCCUCGCCGCCACCGGUCCAACGGUCGGUCCGAGGAUAGAAAGGAGAGUGAGGGGCAGGAGGACCAAGGCGGCGAGGCAGAUGCAGGCCCAUCGUCUGCGCCGGACUUUUCCUCUUCUGGCUUGCUCGCGGCCGAGUCAAACAGCAAGGCCGGCGUCGCGCUCAAGUAUCACGAGCCGCCAGAUGCGCGCAAGCCGCGGCGCAAGUGGCGCCUCUACGUCUUCAAGCACGGCCGCGAAGUCGACGUCCUGCACAUCUCUCGCCAGUCGGCCUACCUCUUUGGCCGCGACCACACCGUCGCCGACGUGCCCAUCGACCAUCCCAGCGCAUCCAAGCAGCACGCCGUGAUUCAGUACCGCAACAUCAUCGAGCGCAACGAGUUUGGCGACGAGAAGCGCACCAUCAAGCCCUUUCUCAUCGACCUCGACUCAGCAAACGGCUGCACGGUAAACGGAACAGAAGUGCCUGCGUCGAGGUAUUACGAGCUGCGAAACGGAGACACGAUGCGCAUCGGCGCAAGCUCGAGAGAGUACGUGCUCCUUGCUGAAGACUGACAGCGGAUGUCUCUCCGUUCAGGCAUCCAAUCCUCAAAUUCCAUUCCUGUAUUUGUAGCUACAACAAGCAAUCUCCCCAGUCAAUUCAAGUCUGCAAACAUAGUGG